AUGAUCAGGGGCCGAAGCUACAGCAAGUCUCGCAUCAGCCUGCUGAUGAUGCACCUCGCCAUAGCCGACCUGCUCGUUGCCAUGAUUGUCAUGCCGAUGGAGGUUGCCUGGAAGGUGGCCGUCACGUGGAUUGCCGGCGACUUUAUGUGCCGCUGCAUGAUGGUGCUGCGUUCAUUCGGUCUCUACUUGUCGUCGUUCAUCCUCGUCUGCAUCAGCCUCGACCGCUACUUCGCCAUCGUGCAUCCGCUGUCGUUCAGCCGCUCAAGCUGCCGGGCGAAGACCAUGCUGUGUGUGUCAUGGCUACUCAGCCUCGCCUGCAGUGCACCACAGGUAGGUCCACCGUGUAGCUGA